GAUCCUGAUCCAUGUAAUUAUUGGACCCGCUGCGGUAUCAGAGAUCGUCUCUGCUGACAGAGCGCCCGGCCGCUCCGGUAUAAAACCAGGAGGUGGCGACAGGGCGGCAGCAGCAGCCAGAGGAACCCCAGAAGAAGAACCGCUGAUCCGGACCUCCAGGUGAAGAACCGUCUCCUCUUCCUCGGAGCUCCAUCGGCCUCAUCAUGCCUCCUCCCGCGGACCUGGGCCGGGCUCUGUGCGUCAUCACCGGGGCCUCCAGAGGCUUCGGCCGGGCCGUGGCCCUGGACCUGUGCCGGCUGGUUCAGCCCGGUUCGGCGCUGGUUCUGGUGGCCCGCUCCGGGGCCGACCUGCGGGCCGUCCAGGCCGAGCUGACCGAGUCCGAGGCGGGCCGAGCCGGCCUGAAGGUGGAGGUGGUGGCGGCGGAUGUAGGGAAGCUGGAGAGUCUGGAGAACAUCGUGAGAACCAGCAGAGACGUUUUUAACGACGAGAUGGAGAAAAUAAUACUGAUCAACAACGCUGCGUCUCUGGGCGACGUCUCCAAGUACGUGAAGGGCUUCACGGACAUGGCCGAGGUGGACGCCUACCUGUCGCUGAACGUCAGCUCCGCCAUGUGCCUGACGGCGCGGCUGCUGCAGGCCUUCCCGGCGCACGCCGGGCUGCGGCGCUGCGUCAUCAACGUGUCGUCGCUCUGCGCCCUGCAGCCGUUCCGCUCCUGGGGCCUUUACUGCACCGGCAAGGCGGCGAGAGACAUGAUGUUCAAGGUCCUGGCCGAGGAGGAGCCGGAGCUACGCGUGCUCAGCUACUCUCCGGGACCGCUGGACACCCAGAUGCAGGUGGAGGCCCGGACCAAGACGGCCGACCCGAGCAUCAAGAAGACGUUCUCCAACAUGUUCGCUCAGGGUCAGCUGCUGACCUGUGAAGCAUCUUCAGCCAAACUGAUGAAGCUGCUGCUGGAGGACAAGUUCACCUCCGGAGAGCAUGUCGACGUCUUCGACGUGUAGCUGCUGCCAAGUCGUUUUAUUGUAGCGUCGAUGUUGUGAUGAAACUUUAUAAUUGAUGUAUCUUAAUCCCAUCACCGUGGAAACGUUCCAACCUGCAGAUUAGCUGCUGCUCCUUCAGAUUAGCUGCUGCUCCUUCAGAUUAGCUGAUGCCAGACGUUGCUCACGUCUGGCCAGAGGGAAACGAGUCUCCAGUUCUUCAUUUUCAAGUUCAGAACCGACAAACUGUUCAGAAUCAGUGACUUAGCAAUCGGCAUUGGCAAAUGAGGAGAGAACUGACUAGCGUUGGCAUUGGACAGGCUAGUGACUAGCAUACUAAGCCUGAUCACCUCCUAGCCUACUUUCUCUCUCUGCUGCACAUUUGCCUUGGAUUGGAUAGGAUAGCCUGUCCAAUGCUAACACUAGCCUAGCU